GUUGCCAUGCACGUGACUGAUCGAUCUGAAGGUUCCCUUGCACCCCUAUUUGCGAGUAGUACCAAAUUAUGAAAUUCUUUGUGACCUCGAUCCGGUGUUGAAAGUUGAAUCUGUAUUAAGCAACUCCCAAAUGCCACUGACUGCACACUCACACUCGCAUGUGUACUGGAGCUAGCUCGAGGUGAGCAGCCAUGGCUCUGUGCCUCAAGCUCCUCUUCGGACCCGCGGCCGCCAUCUUCCUCUCGGCGGUCGUCAUCGUCUCCUGCUUCACCAACCUUCCGUACCUGAGGAUCAGCUACUCCGACCUCCCCUCCCUCAGCCACUCCUACUACUUCGCGCCGGCGCCGGUAUCCAAGUGCGACAUCUUCCGGGGCGAGUGGGUGCCGGACCCGGACUCGCCGCAGUACACCAACGAGACGUGCUCCUACAUCCAGGACCACCAGAACUGCAUGUACUACGGGCGACCGGACCUGGAGUUCCUCAUGUGGCGGUGGAAGCCGGACGGGUGCGACCUCCCGCGGUUCGACCCGCACAAGUUCCUCCAGGUCGUCGGGAACAAGACGCUCGCGUUCGUCGGCGACUCGCUGGCCAGGAACCACAUGCAGUCCCUGCUCUGUCUCUUGUCCAAGGUGGCGACGCCCAGGGACCUGGCGGGGACGGGGAAGCAUCACCCGGACAAGAUCCUCUACUAUGACGGCUACAACUUCACCAUCUACAUCCUCUGGUCGCCGUUCCUGGUGAGGGCGGAGGAGGUCGCGGACAGCCCCGGCGCGUACAGGCUCUACCUGGACGAGCCCGAGGAGAAGUGGCUCUCCGUCGCGUCCCGGUUCGACUACGUGCUCCUCUCGGCGGCCAACUGGUUCACGCGGCAGUCCUACUUCUACGAGCGCGGGCAGCUCAUCGGCGGCAUGUACGUCCAGCUAAACUUCACCAGCAGCCUCACCAACCGGUACUCGCACCGGAUGGCGUUCCGGACGGCGCUUCGGGCGCUCAGCGGCGUCAGGUUCCGGGGCAAGGUGAUCGUGCGGACGCUGUCGCCGAUGUCGCACUUCGAGGGCGGGCCGUACAACGCCGGCGGGGACUGCCGGCGCACGCGGCCGUACCGGGCCAACGAGACGACGCCAAUGGAAGGGGUGGAGCUGGACUUCUACACGUCGCAGCUAGAGGAGUUCAGGGAGGCGGCGGCGGUGAGGGGCCUGGACAUGGUGCUCAUGGACCCCACGGCCGCGAUGCUGAUGCGGCCGGACGGCCACCCCAGCCGGUACGGGCACUGGCCGGACGAGAAGCGGGUGCUGUACAACGACUGCAUCCACUGGUGCCUGCCCGGUCCCGUCGAUGCCUGGAACGACAUGUUGCUUCACAUGCUGUCAGAAUAAUUAACACACAGGUUGGUCUCGUCUGUGGUUAAUGGUUUGGUUUAGUCUAGUUUUUCCUCUAUAGAGUGUGCUCCAUGCACGCUGUAUUUGAGCACAGGUCUAUUCGAAUUUUGCCCUCUUUUGCAUGAGCAUUGGAUCAUAGUUGCUCCACCUGUAAGGCACUAAUUGGAGCAUAUAAUAUUAUUUAUAGAUCAUCAUUUCAAAUAGAGAAACAGUUCUCCCGAUGUUCGUACAACAGAAAGAAACAGAACAGCAGCUACUGCAGAGUGCAGA